AUGACGUUGCUAAGGAAAGAUGGAAAAAUUGAGAAGACUUGGUACCCCAAACAACCAGAUGGGCGCUACCUAGAUUACUUCUCGGAAAGCCCAUACACACACAAAAUCAACACCGCUUACGCGCUGAUCGAUCGUGCUUUGAAACUGUCGGAUGCCGAAAAAAGGAAAACCAGCAUCACCACAGUCAAGUCGAUACUUAGAAAAAACAACUAUCCGCAAAACAUGAUAGACAGCGUUGUACAAAGAAGAGUGCACAAUUUGUAUAACACCCUCGAAAACAAGCAACACAUACCCGACGGUAGCCGUUUCAUGUCGUUGCCGUACAUACCAUGUCUGACCGAGAAAGUUGCGAAAAUCUUGCGCAAACAUAAUUUGAUUGCAGCUCCUAAGCCGUGCGACAAAAUCAAGUCCAACAUCUUUACGAAACUUAAAGACCCAAUUCCGAUCAUGCAACAAACAAAUGUCGUUUAUGCCAUCACAUGCGCUUGCGGAAAUGAGUACAUCGGACAAACGUCGCAAACUCUUGCCAAACGCAUCAAACAACACGAAACCACCGUGCGUCUAAAACAGAAAGCUACAGGCCUAGCUCAGCAUGCGUUGGAAAACGGCCCCGUUCAUGUGUUUGAUUUCCCGAAAACGAGAAUUCUCGAACGAAUCCCAAAUACAACACACCGUCGGAUAGCUGAAAAACUGCACAUAAAGAUGCGAGAGAAUCGUGCAGUUAACAUCCAACAGGACACAAAAGGCAUCUCGAGCGUGUACAACGGACUGUGGAAAAAGCUGCGGGAAAAAGAGGAAAUGGAACUACAUCGCAAAACGGAACACAUUCAGUCGACAGCGAGCCGCAGCAGCAGCAGCAUCAACAGUGACUAG